AUGCCGCAGUCCGAUUCCGGGGAAGUCACUUCGGAGCAGUCGGUUAUCGGGGGAAACCCCUUGUCGGAAGCGUCGGUUUUUACCGGAGCUGGCUCGGCCGCCGGAGCCACCACUAGCGGAAGUAAUGCGGACGAGGAGCUGGUUCAUGAUGUUUCCGGGAGAAGCUUGGAGCUGGAUUUGUUUCAUCAAGUUGACGAUUCCCUGAAGGGUUUGUAUGUGUACAAGAAUGAUUUCAGCUUGGUGCCGAGGACGAUUCGGAGGCUCAACAGGCUCAGGACGUUUAAGUUUUUCGGGAACGAGGUGAAUUUGUUUCCGGCGGAGUUUGGGGAAUUGGUGGGCUUGGAGUGUCUGCAGGUGAAAUUGUCGUCGCCCGGCCUGAAUGGAUUGAGUUUGGGUAAAUUAAGAGGCUUGAAGGAGCUUGAGCUGUCUAAAGUGCCGCCAAGGCCUUCUGUUUUGACGAUUUUGAGCGAGAUUGCUGGCCUUAAGUGCUUGACUAAGCUUUCCGUGUGUCAUUUCUCUAUACGAUAUCUUCCUCCAGAAAUUGGUUGCUUAAGUAAGCUGGAGUACUUAGAUCUCUCAUUCAAUAAGUUAAAAUGUCUGCCGUUUGCAAUAAGUCAAUUAAGUACUUUGGUAUCACUUAAGAUUGCUAACAACAAACUUGUGGAACUACCCAUCGGUUUGUCGUUUCUUCAAAAAUUGGAGCUCCUGGACCUAUCAAACAACAGGCUGACUUCAGUGGGAUAUCUUGACCUUUGUUUGAUGCAGAAUCUCCUCUACUUGAAUCUUCAGUACAACAAGCUUCUCAGUUGCUGUCAGAUACCUUCCUGGAUAUCCUGCAACUUGGAAGGAAAUGGAAAGGACCUUUCAAAUGAUGAUUUCAUCAGUUCAUCUGUUGAAAUGGAUGUAUAUGAGACCUCCAUCAGCAAGGAUGAGAACAACAUUGCUUGUAACAUUACUCGUCAUGCUUCAGCAAGUCUAUUGAAUGGACAUUCAUCAAGUGGACGAUGUUUUGCAUCCCGAAGGUCAAGCAAGCGGUGGAAGCGCCGCCAUUAUUUGCAGCAGAAAGCUCGUCAAGAACGUUUGAAUAGCAGCAGGAAGUGGAAAGGUGAAGGGUCUCUUGAUUUAUCAAUCCCUAGUGUGGCUGAUAAUCCCAAGCUGUAUGUCACUGAUGAAAUUCAUGAAGACAAUUCAUUAGAAAUCAUAGGCAAUGAUGACGACAAGGAAGGAGAUGGAGUAGUACUUUCUGUUGAUGGAGAUUGCGGUGAAUCACAAAGUCUCGGGUUUGAUAAAAUAUCCGCCAAAGAAGUUUGCACGGAAAAUUCAACAUCUAAUUGUGAGUCCAGUAGUAGAGAUGAGGAGGACGAAAGUUGUGUGCUUGAUGAAGUUGAAAAAGAUAAAGAUUCGUAUCAGGACUCUAAAAUCUCUAGCAAGGCUAAGAGACAUUCCGAUGGGGAUCUUGAUAAUCCCAAACCGUGCAAGUGUAGCAGAACCGCGGGAGACAGCUUGAGUUUGUCCCGAAAGUAUAAUGACCUUUCAUUUUGUAGCAUUGAGGAUAACAUGGCUGACGGGUUUUAUGAUGCUGGACGGGACAGGCCGUUCAUGCCUUUGAGCAAUUAUGAGGAGAUUUUGCCUCUUGACACCCGUGAGGUCAUUCUUUUAGACAGGAAGCAAGAUGAGGUUUUAGAUGCUACAGUACUCUCAGCCCAAGCUUUGGUGUCUCGCUUGAAGAAGUUAAAAUUUUCCUCCCAAGAGAGGGCUAAUUCUGCAGUUGAUGAUCUUCAUAUUGCAUCUUAUCUGGCGCUCUUUGUCUCCGAUCAUUUUGGUGGCAGUGAUAAAAGUGCCACUGUUGCAAGAACAAGGAAAUCUGUGUCUGGCUCGAACUACAAGAAACCUUUUGUUUGCACUUGUUCAACUGGAAACCGUGACAGUGCUAGGAGUAGCGAAAAUUCUAGGCAGCUCUCAGAUAGUGCAGGAGAAAUCAAUCUUACAGAUAUCAACGAGAGAUGUUUGUAUUCCAUAAAAGCAAGACGAAAUUCGGUUGUAGUUCCUCUAGGUAAUCUGCAGUUUGGAGUUUGCCGCCAUAGGGCCCUGUUGAUGAAGUAUCUCUGUGAUAGAAUGAAUCCUCCAAUACCUUGUGAACUUGUCAGGGGUUACCUGGAUUUCACACCCCAUGCUUGGAAUCAUGUUAUUCUCAAAAGGGGUGGUUCCUUAGUCCGCAUGGUAGUGGAUGCUUGCUCCCCAUUUGACAUCAGAGAGGAGACGGAUCCUGAAUACUUCUGCAGGUACAUUCCUCUCAGUCGGACCACUGUAUCUCUUUCAAGUGAGAACUUCCCUCUUCCUGGUUGUUCCUUCCCUUCUCUCUCUACUUGCGAUGAGUUAGAAAAAACUGCUGCUAGCACUCUCAUGCCAUGCAAGCUAGAAUCAGUUGAAGCAGUAGCCAAGGUGCGAACGUUGGAGGUACAUGGAAGCUCGACGAAUGAGAUCAGGAACUUUGAGCACAGUUGUCUUGGGGAGGUGAGAAUGUUAGGCGCCCUGCAACAUCCUUGCAUAAUUAAGAUAUACGGGCAUCAAAUAUCCUCAAAAUGGAUCCUUGAAGAAGGGAGACCAGAGCGCCGAGUAUUACAGUCAGCAAUUUUUAUGGAGUAUGUUAAAGGUGGAUCCUUGAAGAACUAUCUGGAGAAGGUAUCAGAAGCAGGGGAUCAGCAUGUACCAGUGGACAUAGCGUUGUGUAUUGCUCAGAAUGUUGCUUGCGCAUUGGCAGAGCUGCACUCGAAGCACAUUAUCCACCGUGACAUAAAGAGUGAAAACAUACUUAUGGAUUUUGAGGGCGAAAGAGUGGAUGAUGGUAUUAUGCCUGUUGUGAAGCUAUGUGAUUUUGACAGAGCUGUUCCUCUGAGGUCAUCCUUACAUACUUGCUGUAUUGCUCAUAGAGGGGUAGUUCCUCCCAGUGUAUGUGUUGGUACUCCUCGAUGGAUGGCUCCAGAAGUUCUACGAGCAAUGCAUGAACAGACCACAUAUGGCCUGGAGGUAGAUAUUUGGUCAUAUGGAUGUCUCCUCUUGGAAUUGUUGACCCUCCGAGUACCUUAUUCCGACAUGCCUGAGCUGCACAUCCAUGAACUGCUCGAGUGUGGUGCGCGGCCGCCAUUACCUGCUGAGCUUGAGAGGCUGGGGUUGAUGAAUGUUCCUGCACAGAAGGAAAAGCCCGAGUCAGAUAUGGAUGAAUCCAGCGAACGUGAGAUAUUGAGGUUCCUCGUUAAUUUGUUUCGGCGAUGCACAGAGGGAAAUCCUGCAGAUCGUCCCACCGCCACGGAUAUUUAUGAGUCCCUGGUGGCUCACUCGAACACGAGAGAUUCGAGGAAGUUGAGAAGUAGUGUAGAUGACUAA